AUGAUGCACAGCUGCAAGAUAGAGGCAUUGCUUCUGUUGGAUACUGUUGAUAUCAACAACCGAAACAACCUUCCCGAGUACAACAGUCGAGAAAGUGAGGCUAUUCAGGCGAGUAUGCAAGAGAGGGAUCCCAGCCACAACGGUGAAGAGUGCACUACUCACUUUGACAGAGACACCAGUACAAGAUACUAUUGCGAAGACCAAGGAUGUGGUAUUUCCGACGCGAUAAAGUCGCCUAGUCAGCCAUUCCUCUACAUGCGCAUUUGGUCAAUAAAUAUGGGACUCGCUGCGUGA